CCCCUCUUGUGUGAAACCCCCUGGGGAAGAGGCUAUGGACAAAACCAUUGGCAAACAGCAGAAACUGGCUUCAGACAAAAUGCUGUCAUACAUAGCAAAUGAAGAGACAGGAAAAAACAUUUCUGUAAUUUUCCAGCAGAGAUUUUACUUAUAAUAAGAGUGGAAGGCACAUGUCCAGAUAGAGACAGAACAUACUUCACGAGCAGAAAGGAAAAGACGUGAUUCAUUCGGGAUGUUUGACGGUUAUGAUAGUUGUAGUGAGGACACCAGCAGCAGCUCCAGUUCAGAUGAGAGUGAAGAGGAGGUUGCUCCUUUGCCGUCCAGUCUCCCAAUUAUAAAGAACAAUGGACAGGUCUAUACUUAUCCAGAUGGCAAAUCUGGCAUGGCUACGUGCGAGAUGUGUGGAAUGGUUGGUGUCCGUGACGCUUUUUACUCUAAAACAAAACGCUUCUGCAGUGUGUCAUGCUCUAGAAGCUAUUCAUCGAACUCCAAGAAGGCCAGCAUUCUGGCCAGACUUCAGGUAGCGGGUAAACCUCCAACAAAGAAGGCUAAAGUUCUACAAAAACAACCCCUAGUGGCUAAAUUAGCAGCAUAUGCUCAGUACCAAGCAACUUUACAAAACCAGGCAAAGACUAAAGCAGCUGUCCCUGUGGAAGGUUUCAGCUGGGGUAACUACAUCAAUAGCAAUAGCUUUACAGCAGCUCCUGUUACCUGUUUUAAACACGCACCUAUGGGGACAUGCUGGGGUGAUAUCUCCGAAGGAGUGCGAGUGGAGGUUCCAAACACCGACUGCAGCCUACCUACCAAAGUCUUCUGGAUAGCUGGAAUUGUAAAAUUAGCAGGCUACAAUGCUCUGCUAAGAUACGAAGGCUUUGAAAAUGAUUCAAGUCUUGACUUCUGGUGCAACGUUUGUGGGUCUGACAUCCACCCAGUUGGUUGGUGUGCAACCAGUGGGAAACCCCUAGUCCCUCCUCGAACCAUCCAACACAAAUACACAAACUGGAAAGCUUUUCUAGUGAAACGACUUACUGGUGCCAAAACACUUCCUCCUGACUUUUCUCAGAAGGUGUCUGAGAGUAUGCAGUAUCCGUUCAAAACUUCCAUGAGAGUAGAAGUUGUUGACAAAACGCACCUUUGUCGAACAAGGGUAGCAGUUGUAGAAAGUGUCAUUGGGGGACGGUUAAGAUUGGUGUACGAAGAAAGUGAAGACAAAACUGAUGACUUCUGGUGCCAUAUGUACAGUCCACUCAUUCAUCAUAUUGGUUGGUCUCGAAGUAUAGGACACAGAUUCAAAAGAUCCGAUAUUACAAAGAAACAGGAUGGACAUUUUGAUGCACCCCCACAUUUAUUCAUGAAGGUAAAAGAGGUUGACGCAGCUGGAGAAUGGUUUAAAGAAGGAAUGAAAUUGGAAGCUAUAGACCCCUUAAACCUUUCGGCAAUAUGUGUGGCAACUAUUAGAAAGGUUUUAGCAGAUGGCUAUCUUAUGAUUGGGAUUGAUGGCUCAGAAGCAGCAGAUGGGUCUGAUUGGUUUUGUUACCAUGCCACUUCCCCUUCUAUUUUCCCUGUUGGUUUCUGUGAAAUUAACAUGAUUGAACUAACUCCACCCAGAGGUUAUGCAAAACUCCCUUUUAAAUGGUUUGACUACCUCAGGGAAACUGACUCAAUAGCAGCACCUGUAAAGCUCUUCAAUAAGGAAGUUCCAAACCAUGGGUUUCAUGUUGGAAUGAAACUGGAGGCUGUUGAUCUGAUGGAACCUCGCCUGGUAUGUGUGGCCACAGUAACCCGCAUUAUCCAUCGUCUUUUGAGGAUACACUUUGAUGGGUGGGAAGAUGAAUAUGAUCAGUGGGUGGAUUGUGAGUCCCCGGACCUCUAUCCGGUGGGAUGGUGUCAGCUAACUGGAUAUCAACUACAGCCUCCAGCACCACAAUCAUCAAGAGAUAGCCAGUCAAGUUCAUCAAAACAGAAGAAGAAAGCUAAAUCGCAACAGUACAAAGGACAUAAGAAAAUGACUUCAUUGCAGCUGAAGGAGGAGUUGCUAGACGGAGAAGAGUAUAGCUUCCUUCAAGGAGCGUCUGAUCAGGAAAGCAACGGAUCUGCCAGUUACUACAUCAAACAAGAACCAUAAGGCAGCUCAGAAAAGUGAGGGGCAGAGUAUUGGCGAUAGGAAAAGAGCCUUUCUCCAAGACUGACUGAUUUUGUUCCCACUUCGACGGUGCAGUUCAGGUGACUGUACCUGGGGCACUUUGCUAACUGUAGAUGAGUUAGACUCAGUUCAGAAUUUUUUGGAAGGGCGGGGAAACUAUUUUAGUGAAAAAGAUUUUUCAAUUUAUUAAAAACAAAAAUGGACACUUUUGUGUUGUAUUUGAAGCUUUUGAAAGAAUUUUGUAAUAUUUUCAAGUUCAGAUUUAUUGUGCAUUGUUAACAAGAACUGAAAUUCUAAUUUUUUGGUAAGAUUAAAGUUUAAUUAGCAUGAUUGUGGGAAGCGGUUGGAGGAAGAUAUAGUUGCAAAUACAAAUGAACUGUCAUGACAAAUGAACCUUUUUGGUACAAGUUGGGAGACUUUUAGACUCUUGUGAACUGCACUGGUCACGCCUCUGGUUUUUUAUUGUGAAAAUAAGGCAUUUAAGCCCUAACUUAGAGGCAUAAAUUGUAUGUGGAAGAUAGUCCUGUAAAGCUCUACUCAGUGAGUAGCCCCAAUUGCAAAGGAGCCAUCGCCUGAGGAAGAUUUUAACUUUUCAAGAUGUUUUUAUUUAGUUUAAAAUACUUUUUUUAUAUAAGAUUUUUUUUUUUAAAAGUUCCUUAGGGUCUGAUUCAGUGCCCAUUAAUAUCAGUAGCCUUGUCUCCACUGACUGCAGUGGGCAUUGGAUUGGGACUGUAAAGCUCUUGUCUGUACAUGAAUGUCUGUAGUCUUGGAAUGCUUCAGCAAAUGUUUACAGAGCCCUAUGCCAAACUGGAACUUCAGAAAAUUCCCUCAUUUGGAAGAUUAGUUUUAGCUAUGAAUUUAGACUAAAGAAGAAACUUAGACAGACAGUAACUCAGGCCUCCCUUGGUAGCGGGAAGGAACUUCUGAGUAUUCUUCUGAUUAUUUUUUUUCCAUUCAGAAAGACCUAGAUGUUUCCUUACCAUCUUAAAUAUUUAUUUGUGAACAUUCAAAACCAAUGUUCCACGUGGUUUCAGGUGAGCUAAAAGGAGCCGUACAUUGUGGAUUAAAAAAAUGAGUUCAGUUCUGCACAGCCUGCAAUAUUUUCUUGCUGCAAUAGUGUAAUAUGGAAGUUGAGACUUGAGAACAGUAUAUAAAUCAUAUACAGUCUAGUAUAUAAUUCAUAAACUGGAUUUGCUUAUUGCCUGGAAUCCUUGUGUCUCACUUCAAGUAUACAGUUAGCCCCACCUGCUUAACUGUCCAGAUUUUUUUAAAGGCAGGAGUCAUGUAAAAGGGUGAAAAUGACUACCAGUAAAAUACAAAGUAUUUUAGCAUAAGCUCUUAAUAAUUUGGAUUUUAUCUUUCCAUAUUUUUAAACUUUGUACAUUUUUGUAAAUGAUCUCAUUCAUGGAGUUGAUUAGUAAAAUGGUUAAUCAGCCCUGCAGAGCUGUGACUGGAAAAAUGUGCAUCAAGAGCUUUAGCUUUUACCAGUAAGGUUCAUUAACUAAACUCUCAGGAAUUAACUGCAUAUGUUCUAUAAGUGCUUCUGGGUCUUAGCAGGUCCCCUUCAGAGCAGUACAAUGAUCAUCUGACCCUUGACCAUAAAUUAGGGCUUAAAAAAAAAUUAAUCAAAAUUAUUAACUUCUGUGUUCCUACAGCCUAAGAAAUGCUUUAAGGAUAUCAACCCACAGAGCCCCAGGAGACCAUUUUUCUAUAUUGUAGUUUGAGCUUAAAAAAAAGUGCAUAGAAAGUUGAAAACCAGCAAUUUGAUUAUUUUCUAAAAUAUUGCUCUAACUUUGGGUACAUAGUAUUGGUAAUAUGCACAGGUUUACCUCAUUCUAUGCAAGAGGGGUUAAUUAUGUAAAGUUUUGUAUUUACUACUGGAAGUGAAAAAUGUCCUAUAUAGUGUAGGAAUGUCUGGAAUUCUUUUCUCCCUUACUGGUAAAAUUUCUUAAAUAAUGACCCCUUUUUAACAACAGCUUCUUAUACUGAUAGAAUCUGGUUAUCAGAUUAUAAGUAUCUGUAACUUCAGGUGGUAAAGACAUUUUAGCGCUCUGAAAAAGCCAUAAAAAGGACUUUGUCAGGCUUGGUAGACUUCAAAUACAUUCUCUCAGAUUCUGACCCACCCUUGGCGUUUCUUUUGAAGAGCCUGGAUUGGAGAAGUAGGAUUAGAGAUCAUUGCAAUGACACUUUGAGCCUUGACUAUUUUUUUUUUCCUAUGUUCUCAAUUUAACCUGCUGUAAAAUCCAGCUCUGCAAGCAUUCAUUUGGUUUGGUAAGUACAUCAUUAUUGAUUUUUUUUUUUAAUAUUUUUUUUUUAAUGCAACAACUUGCAGAUUGUCCCAGUCAGCUGGAACAAGGUUGGCACAAUCUUGCUUUCUUCUCUCAUCAGUAGCUUCUGACUUCAGUAGAAAAACAGUGGCAUUAAUUUGUGUUUCAUAAUGUGAAAACUUGGGCUAGUAACGAGCAAGGUAUAUUGCCAAGUCACUAAACCUUGGGCUUCUGUGUAUUGCCCAGGCUCAUACCUGAUUUCUGAGUUACAGUCUUCAAAUGUCAAGAGGGAAAAUGAGCACUUAGGUUGAACACACUUCCUGUGUUGGAGAAAUGUAAGAAUUGGAUUUGAAGUCUGUCAGUCUUUAUAAUGUUCUUUAAAAAUAGGUAUUUUAUUCAUUGAACACUAAAGUAUGUGACUUGACCUGCAUUCUCAGAUACACGUGUGACUUCAGUAGGAGUUGGGUGAAAUUUCUCUUGUGUUUCUGAAUUCAAAAUAUACCUAAAUUGUGUAAUUGUCAAGUACAGUGAAAUCUGUCCUAAGCAAACCACAUAAGGAACUAAUCGAAGUCACUUGCUUAGGAGAGGUUUAAGGAAAACCUGAGCAAAAUUCUACCAGGUAUUUGGAGUGGUCUCUUCAAGAAGUGGGCUACCUGUUGGCUGUGGUAUCCAUAGUAUAGGCUUCACUGUAUUUGUAAAGCAUUCGUUAGUAAGAUGGCUCUAGGUGUUUUUAUCUUCGCUUUACUCUAAGCCAUGUUACUUGGCUAAAAGAGCAGCAAAGUGUCGGCCAUCUGAAAUCUUCAAUGGGGUCAGACUAGUUUCAGUAUUUGGCAUAGCAGGUUUUUAUAACCAUAAGGUAGCGCAAGUUAUGUACCUUACUUUGCAGCUACCCUUCUUUUAUUGCUCAAAAUCUUUCUGCUGAUCUUUGAUUUUUAUGUUAUUUUAAAUACAACUCUUUAACCUUUUCCUUGCUGCAUCUGAGGAAAGCUAAAGCAGUUACCAAUUCCUUGUUCUACGGAUACUAACACGGGUUUCAGUGUUUGUUUGUUUUUUUUAUUGUUGUUUUAUGUGAUGUGAAUACCCUCUCCCGUCAAUAUUUGUAUGAUGGUGCUAAUAUAUUUGGUAACAAUCCUUUAUUGGGAAGGGAUUUUAAAAAACUGUGAUUUAAACUGAAUUUUUCUUCCUUUUAAUUUUCAUAUUUAAAACAAAAAGCCACAGCCAUUUAUACAAAAAAGGCAUCAGCUUUGGCCCCUGGGAAAACGUUGGGGCGGGAAUCAAGAUUAAACAAAUAGGGUUUUUACAUCAUUUCUGUAUGUAUUUGAUAUAUAGAUCAAUAUCUGUACAAAUUUAAUCUUUUAUUUUCUUGGUAAUUUGUGUGGUCAAUGAGAGAGAGUAUUUAAAGCUUUCUCAUGCAAUGUACAUAACUAAGUGAAAAAAAAUGCUUUUGGAGAAAUUAAUGUUACUUUCAUUUUUACGAGACUGCAGAUUUCCAGCAUGGAUGUGAAAAGCAUUAAAAUUAUAACUUUGUGUACAAGAUGAAAAGAAUUCACUAAAUUUGCCUUUUUUACACAAAAUAAAAAUGAUAA